CCGGCGGAGGCUGCCCAGCCAGGACCACGCGCGCCCCGCCGCACAAAAGUUUGGAGAGCGGCGGCGGCAGAGGAGGAGGAGGAGGAGUUGCUGCAGACGGAGCCUGGCCCCGAGAGGAAGGAAGGCAGGAGGGAAGAGCCCCCUCCCCAGAGGCCUCUCGCCCAGCCAUGCGCCCCGGAGGGCCCCCCAAGAGCCCCGGCGGGAGAGGGCUCCUGCCAAACCAGCCCCAGGACCUUCUGUAGCUGGUCAGCCGUUCCGGGAGCUUCCCAAUGCAGUUUUGUAGCCCUCCAGAGGGAUGUCCCAGUCACGCCUCCUUAGUAUCCUGCUGGCGCUGGUGCUGUGCCUCCAGGGAACCUCAGCCCAGAUUAUGGACUACCUCUUUGAGAGCUGGAAGGCUUAUAGUGAAGAGUGUCACCACAACAUGAGCCUCCUGCCGCCACCCACUGAACUGGUUUGCAACCGAACCUUUGACAAAUACUCGUGUUGGCCUGAUGCACAACCCAACACCACUGUCAAUGUUUCCUGCCCUUGGUUCCUGCCCUGGUAUGACCAAGUGAAGCAUGGCUAUGUAUUUAAGAAGUGUGGCCCAGAUGGACAAUGGGUGACUACUCCUGAAGGGAAGUCAUUGCGUGAUGCCCAUCAGUGUGUGAUGGACAACAAAACCAUCUCAGACCAGGAGAGGUUUGCUAGGAUCUAUGGUAGCUUCAAGGUGAUGUACACGGUUGGCUACUCAGUAUCUCUCUGCACCCUCCUCCUUGCCUUGGCUGUGCUGCUAGGCUUCAGCAAGCUGCACUGCAUGCGCAACUACAUCCACAUGAACCUCUUCGCCUCCUUCAUCCUGAAGGGCAUCUCGGUGCUUAUCAUCGACACACUGCUCAACACCCGCUACAGUGAGAAGAUCGAUGACUACAACGUGGGCCUUUGGCUGAGUCAUGAGGCGGCGGCAGGCUGCCGGGCAGCCACUGUGUUCAUGCAGUACGGCAUUGUGGCCAACUACUGCUGGCUGCUGGUGGAAGGGAUCUACCUGCACAACUUGCUCGUGCUAGCUGUUUUCUCCGAGCGCAGCUACUUCACCCUCUACCUCUGUAUUGGCUGGGGAGCUCCAAUUCUCUUCAUUGUGCCAUGGGUGGUGGUGAAAUUUCUUUAUGAAAAUAUUCAAUGCUGGAGUACCAACAAUAACAUGGGUUUCUGGUGGAUCCUGCGUUUUCCUGUCUUUCUGGCCAUCUUUAUCAAUUUCUUCAUUUUUAUCCGUAUCAUUCAGAUAUUGGUCUCCAAACUCCGUGCCCACCAGAUGCGCUACACAGACUACAAAUUCCGACUGGCCAAGUCAACACUGACACUUAUUCCGUUGUUGGGCAUCCAUGAAGUGGUUUUUGCUUUUGUCACUGAUGAGCAUGCCCAAGGCACACUAAGAUAUGUCAAGCUGUUCUUUGACCUCUUCCUCAGCUCCUUCCAGGGAAUGCUGGUGGCCAUUCUUUACUGUUUUGUGAACAAAGAGGUACAAUCAGAACUUACAAAGAAAUGGACACGCUGGAAGCUUGGCUGGGACAUAGAAGAGGAAUACAAGCACACAUACAGCCACACACCCAAUGUCCGCAAUGGGGGUGCCAGCACCUUUGAGAAGCACAAACUGGUUGGCAACUACCUCAAUGGGUUGGGGCGCAGCCAAGCCACCGUCCAUACUAGCACACAGUAUCUGGAGAGAACAGGCUGCAGUGCCAGUGAGAACUUGGCUGCAGGUGGAAAUUGGCAGCCCCAAAGCUAUGACUUCCCUGACACAGUCGAGAGCAACUUUUGAAGCAGGUCUACUUAUCUGCCCCACCACAUGGGACCUAUUUCUUUGUUCCAGAGGACAGAUACACUGUAGGUCAAGAAGGCAGCUGAUGCUGGCAGGAACCCAAACUUGGAGACAUCAAGAGGACAUGUGACUGGAAACAGUGUCAUCUUCCAAGUUGCCUGGAAAUGUUGAUAGAACGGUGCAAGUUCUUUUAUGUUGGAGACACGUUUGUGAGACCUGAUAAGACUUACUGCCCUGCCUGUAUGCAUGCAUAGUGUCCCACAGCUGUGCCCCACUGUGGGUGAGCAUUAGAUGGAACAAGGCAGGAGGAGGUAGCCCAGUGAUGGAAUAUCUUGAGGGAGGUGACAGUGCCAAACAGACUUUGUGUAGGAAAAGAUUCAGUACAUUGUCAAGGGGCUCUGAAAACCUGUACAGUUUAGAGGCCAGGCCAUGAUCAACACUGAUCAAAUCCUUGAGAAUCUGAGACUCCCUUCUUUUAAAACAAGUUUCUAGCCCUUAUAUCUACAGAGAACAAAUUAAGAAUAUGUCAGCAGUAUUUGCUAAAGAGUUAAAAAAAGCAUGGAUGUUGUGCAGUUGCUUCUUUUAAUCAUGCAGUAGGAUAUCACCAGCUAUUCCCUAAAUUUAAUUCAUUCUACCCUUCUCUUCUAGAUAAAUAAAUCUUAGUGUAAAAUUUUGCCAAAAGAAAAGCUCCCUCCCCCUCAAGACAAUUCUGUGCAAAACUUGAAAAUAUAUAAUUGUCCAAUAUAACUAUGACCAAGACCCUUAUUAACACUGCCUGCGUGAUUUGGUAUCCUUCCCACCCUGGCAGCUGUCAUACCCCAGGAGGGGCUGCUACAGCUGCUGCUUACUAGUUUGGAGAAAAGGAAGGAGAGGCAAUUCAGAUGAUGACAAAGGUGUAGGUCUUAGUUUCCAGGUGAGAAAGAAACCAAAUACUCUCCUCUCCCUUUAGCUGGGAAUCAAGAACAGCUGUAUCUUCAUUAUCUGAAUUGUCUCUCCCAUCCCCUCUAGUCAGCAGCAGCAACAGUCCUUCCUAAGGUUUGCCAGCUGUUUGUGGGAGGAAGUUUGGGAUAGAGCACAAAGGGCCAGGACUAGCUCCCUGUUCCCCAUCCAAAAAGAGAUAUACACAGAUGGACCUUACAAGAGCCUGUGUGCUGGUUUGAAUGUUGGACUAGGACUUUGGGAGACUAGGAUCUGGUUCCCUGCUCACCCAUGGAAACCCAGUGAGUGACCUUAGGCAAAUCAUGCCUUCAGCCUAAAAGGAAGGCAAGGCCAAACCGCCUCUGAAAAAAGUCAUCAAGAAAAUCCUGUGAUAGGGUCACCAUAAGUUGCAAUCUACUUGACAGCACAUAACUGUGUCAUAAACAGAAUGGGAGCCUGUGUGUUUUAGUUGCAACGUGUUGUUUUCGGUGACUGCAGAACAAGUGAACAGCAACCAUGCCUCUUGAAGGAUAUACAGUCGGCCCUUCUUAUACAUGGAUUUUUUAUACAUGGAUUCAAGCAUCCACGGUUUGAAAAUGUUCCAAAAAAGUAUAAAUUUCAAAUUUCAAACCUUGAUUUUCCAUUUUUUUUAUAAGGGGCACCAUUUUGCUAUGUCAUUAUAUUUAAUGGAACUUGAGCAUCCACAGAUUUUGGGGGGGAUCUUGGAACCAAACCCCAGGGUAUAACAAGGGUCCACUGAAUAGGCUGAAAGUGAAACUUUCAAAUCUUGGUGGGUGGCAGUGGUGGAGGAAGUGUUGCCUUCAGGGCUUAGGAAGCUAGCAGUACUACCCUGCAGCCUAUUUAUGGAAAUAACAGUGUUUACUCAGGGGACAAGGGCCAUCAGUCCUCAGCCACAAAGGCAGCUGUGCCACUUCACUGCAACUUCCUUUUAUUCUGGAACAACCUUUUUCUUGGUUGACUCUGUAGAUGGGGGGGCGGGGGGUAGAGAGAAAGUAAUGCAAGCUCCAAGGGCCACCUUUGUGUUUCUAUGUCUGCUUGUCAGUGUCAAUGUCCUGGGGAUCAAACACCCCAAUAAACCUUGCUAUGUAUCCUGACAACUUGGAUAGUACCUCCUGUUGAGGCAAUGAGAGGCUUGUCUUGAACAAGAAACUGGGCUGCACUAUAUGUACCAACAUAGACGGGAACAGGUGUCCUGCAUCAGAAUUGCCCUUCAGAAGUUUUAACCUUUCCAAGUUAAAAUUAGAACCAAUGCAACAAACAGGUAAUUGUCACCUCCAUUGCUUAUGCAAGAUUCCCUCCAGUGCCCAUGAUCUUAUAUUCUCCAGACCAGUCCUUGGAAGGGAGGAAUACUGGGACCAUGACCCCAACAUCUACAAGCAGUGAGGACAUUGCUUAUCGUUUUUCUUUAAUCACUUCAACAAAAUAAAAUGUCGUCCCUUGAAUAGAAA